AUGUCCAGGCUGUCCACCGCCCAGCAACGCCAUCUUUCCCCUGACGCCGUCAGCGUCACCUCGGCUUUGCGCUGCGCGCAGCGCUACGUGGGCGACGGCCUCGCGGGGCUGCUGUCGGAGCUGCGAAGGGCGCGGCUGGUGCCGGACUCGCUGAUGCUGGAGGUGUCGGAGGCGUUGAUGGCCAAGGGCAAAAACUGGGCGGAGGCCCUGCAACGUCUCGACGUGGAAGGUCUCAACCUGGUUUCACUCAACUCCUUCCUGGUGAUGCUGCAGAGAGGUGGAGCUCCCUGGCAGUUGGCGCUGCAACUCUUUCAGAAGAGCUCCGUCGAUGCCAUCAGCAUCUCGAGCAUGGUGGCGAUACAGGAGGACUGUCAACAGCUUCCCGCGCUGCUCGGCUGCGUCCCGCUGCUGCAGAGGCGCUUGGCCCAGAUGCUUCGGGACGUGGCGCUGCCGCAGAUGCACUGCAGCAACGGAAAGAGCGUGGCCAUCAACGGCUUCGACCUUCUGGCAGCUCUGGGUCUGAUGCCAAUGCCAAGUCGAAGGGCUCUGGAAGCCAAGACUCUUCGUUUGCUUCAGCACGACCUGGCUGCGCUCGACCACCGGACCUCGCAUCUGGAAGAGAUGCCCACGGCGGGGACGCUGCUGAUGCGGGAGUUGAUGCGGUGGGAAAAGGCAGCGGUGCCGCCGGUUCCCAGCAAGUUCAUGCUGUACCUCCGUGCAGAUGAAACUGUGGAUAUUGACACGGCGUUGCAGGAGCUGGGCGUU